AGUGUCCGGACUGGAAGGGGGGAAAGUGUCCGGACUGGAAGGGGGGGAAAGUGUCCGGACUGGAAGGGGGGAAAGUGUCCGGACUGGAAGGGGGGGAAAGUGUCGGACUGGAAGGGGGUGAAGUGUCCGGACUGGAAGGGGGGGAAAGUGUCCGGACUGGAAGGGGGUGAAAGUGUCCGGACUGGAAGGGGGGGGAAAGUGUCCGGACUGGAAGGGGGAAAGUGUCCGGACUGGAAGGGGGGGAAAGUGUCCGGACUGGAAGGGGGGAAAGUGUCCGGACUGGAAGGAAGGGAAAGUGUCCGGACU